AUGCAACUCAUUAACCUCUACGCCCUUACCGUCUUUGCUACCUCAGCCCUGGCAGCAGACUGCUUCGGCAACGGUAACAAAGACGUCGGAAAGUUCAUCACAGCAUACUGGGACGCCCGUGAGAAGAUGUGCAAUAACUCCGGCUGCACCUACCAAGAGGCAUGCACUACCUCCGGAUCUUACACUGUCAAGGGCCUUGGUGUUGAUACUGUCUUGAACGUUGAGAUGAAGCGCAAGAACACUGGGGGCAAGAAAGGAUUCAAGGAUUGCUGGGACGCUACUGAGGACAUCAUCAAUCAGUGCCCCAAGGGUAACUCGAAGCAGUUGAGCGGAUCGUGGGAGGCCAACGAAUGUGGAGCUGACGCUUUGGCCUAUGUCCCGCGAAGACGAUGCAACCGUCUCAAUCAACCUUGCGGGUACAACCCGAUUUCUCAGCGUCGUACCCGCGAUGAACAGCUGCAGGAGCUCCAGGAGCGAUUGGCUAAGACCGAGGCUCAGCUCGCCCUCGAGACCCCGCGACCAAGGACAGAUUCCAUGACCUCACAGCCACCGUCGACCACUACUGCACCCGUUAUGCCAUCACGUUGGCCUGAUGCCCUUAGUUCUAUUACACCAAACACGAACUCCCAGUACCAUCUCCCGACAACGGCAUCAUCACACAUUCCCAGUAUACCCGGCUCUGCAGGUCCGCCUACUGGUCGUAACCCCAUGGAGCUAGACAGCCACAGAAACAUGGGUACGGCCAUCGAUCUGCCAACUAAUAGCUCACCCAUGCUGGAUAUUGAUCUAUUCAAUCCAGGGGCUGACUCCCAUGUGGCUUUUGACUGGUGCAACCAGCUAACAGCCCUGGAGCCGCUGGACAACAUCCUACUCACUCGCCUAUCGCCCCGAUCUUUAGGCCAUAGCGGCACGGAAGAGGAAUUCUCGCACGCUGAACUGAAUUCACUGCAUAAGUAUUAUUUUGAAUCCAUCUACUUCUCCUUUCCGUUCUUAAAUCAAGAUCGCUUUGCCGCAGAGUCAAUGGGAGGCGGUCUCGCCAUUAACGCCCUCGUUUACGCCGUCGCACUCGCUGGAUGCGCUCACUCAUCCACUUCCCAGAACAAGGAGUCUACCUGUUACAUAUUAGCACGCAACUAUGUAGAGAGGUGCGAGAGAGAUGGCCAGUUGAACGAGCUCAACUUGCUACAGGCUCUACUGUUCAUCGGUAGAUAUGAGGCUAUGGCUGGGAAGCUUGAGAGGAGCUGGAUGACACUGGGACGCGCCGUGAUGUUGUCAAGGCUGCUUGGACUGCCCUACAUGGAUAAGCGACCUGAAGGUGAUGGGUUCCAGGACUCUCAAAGUCAGGAUGGCUCUGGUCUGAGCCUGCCUGAAACGACAGAUCAAGUUCUUCUGGAGGAAUGGAGAAGGACGUUUUGGGCUUUGUACAUAUUGCUCAGUUACGUCAAGACACGUACGGGAUGGCAAUGCAUGAUAGGCGAUAUAAAGGAGUUUCAUAUCAACCUGCCAUCGCCCGGAUUACUGAGAUCCGAUCUAGUCCCACUCAAGAUGCCCUGCCUGUCAGACAUAGGCCUCGAGCCUAGCACCGAGAUCUCAUCAUAUGCAGGGUGCGUCCUCAUGGUAGAGCUAGCCCUGCGCUGUUUCGACCAUGGACAAAAGCGAACUUCGGACAGCUUCUGGGAUGGCUACUGUGAUCUAGUCAAAAAGACGGACGUGCUUUUCGGGAUGCUGAAACGCCACCUCAACGCUACUUCGAUCCGCGAGGACCCUGUUGCCUUCAGUCUGUACCUGAACCUCCGCGCAACAGAGAUCUUUUCUCACGAGUCAGCUAUUGCUCGGAGCGAAGAAGAAGGCCUUCCACCACUGAUGACAGCCGAGAGUCAACGUCGCGCCACGGCAGCGGCAUUUCAGAUAUCCACUGCAGUGCGCUUGAACCUCCCCUCACCAUGGAAGGCCGACAGCGACAUUAUCAUGCUGCAAGCCAUAUUCAUCGCAUGGCCGCUGACCAUGGCCUUAAGAGCAUUCCAUCGGGAACUGGUGCACAGCGGUAGUCGCGACAGUAUUAAUGGCGUCGUUGCAUCGUCAAGGUUGCUAUUUGCCGCUCUGGGCCACAUUGAGGAGUCAGGAGGAUAUUGGCAUCGAAGUGUCGCACAGGUUGAGGGGAAGCUUCAGGAAUGGGAAGAGAAGAACAGUUUCAACUCACUUACGUUACGAUGAACGAAGUUCUGUUCUCAGACAUCUUAGCUAUUUCCUAAGCACAAAUUGGCCCC